UCUUGACCUUUCAACCUUACGACUAUAAAUGGAGAAUUAUGAAUUUGUCUGAGCAGAUGAACCCCACAGAGAGAUUUAAGGAUGAGAAAGACGGGGUGAGAGAGCCACAACCAACUGCAGGACAUUUGCACAUGAGAUUUAGUGUUUGGGGUCCGAUUCUGAGUCAUUUGGGGGCCCUACCCAGUAGCCUAUCACUCUUCUCACUGUUGCAAUACCAGCGAUCUUGUUCGCCUUCUUCGCUUUUCAUUGCACCCAUAACCCUACAACAAUCCAAAUCAUGAAGAUCUCCAUUCUGCUUCAAUCGAGAUUUCUGCUCUUUCUUGAGCCAUUGCUGUGGUGAUCAGUCACAGUUGUUCUCCAUUUGAUUUGUUGAGUGAAAAGAACACUCUAACUGUAAUCUUUGAAGAAAGCCCAUAACGUGUUUGUUGAAUUGCCGCCUCAGAGGAAGAAAAUCCGUGAUGGGUUUAGAAGUUGCUGUGCUGAGAUGCGGAUUAAGACUGAUUAGAUUGAUGGUGAUUUAACUGUACGAAUGGAGGAAAAUGAUUCUGUUAGCAACAAGAGUUUGAUCCAAUCAGCAACCCACCAGCACCAGAGGCUGAGGAAAAUAUGAGAGGCUUUUGUCCAAUUUGUCACAGUAUUCAAUCACAUGUACAUUUUCUGUUACUGUUCUCAGCCCUUUUUUGCUUCCUAUCUGCAAACCAUUUUAACUCUGCGUUGCCAUUUCAGAUGUGUUUGAAAAAUUCCAAAAACAAUUUCCUCACUUAAAUCCAAACUCUGGAAGUAGACUCAUACAGCCCAUUUUACAGGGUUGAAUGACUCCUGAUGUCUUGUGCUCUUUAUUUAGCACAAGAGAUGCAAUGACCAAAUUUGUUGCGAAUAAAUUUUUAAAUAGGGGCGUAUAUAUAACAGUUUGGACCUUCAAAUGGUGCAUUGGUUGGCGUCAACAACAACAAUGUAACAAUUUUUUAUUCUACUAUUCGAGGUUAGCGUGGGUCGUCAGAAAAACAAAAAUAAUAAGAAGAAAAGAAAAAGGAAAAAUGUUCUCAUCGUCAAGUUAGCCAUUGCACAAGGGUGAUGAAAGUUGAACCGCCUUUCCCAAUCAGAAAUAUCUGUAAUCAUCACUAUUACCACUGUCACUUGCCAAUGGCCAAUGAUCUCUCGUCACUAUUACCACUGCCACUUGCCAAUGGCCAAUGAUCUCUCUCUCUCUCUCUCUCUCUCUCUCUCUCUCAGUAGCAACAGGUCCAACGCCAUGCCAACUGGCAGGCUCGAGUCAUUCACAAAACAGAUAAAAUAACAAGCUUAUAUAGAGGAACAGUUGUCGCAGGAAGCCUACAUAAGAGAAAUCACUUGGAGUUCAUUUGCAAAGGGAGGCUGAGAAUGAACAUAUCAACUUCUGAGUGCAGUAGUGGAUGUGAAUCUGGCUGGACAAUGUACUUGGAUCAAUCUUCAUAUUCUGAAGAUCAAUUCCAGAAAGCCGGUGGUCGGAUUGCCAGUGAAGAGUUCAGAUACAAAGCAGCAACUGUGGAGGGAAGUUAUGAAGAUGAAGACUUGUCCAUGGUGUCUGAUGCAUCAUCUGGGCCCCCAAAUUUCCAGGAAGAUGACUGCUUUGAUGAUGGAACUGGGUAUUUGAAUUUUGGUUCUUCAGCAUCUGAACAAAAGAAAAAGAGAGAGAAGAAGAAGAAGAAAAGCAGAGAAGGGAACCAACAACAUUCUCAUUUUGUUGAAACUACUAGCACCCUCAGCUUUUCCAAGAAGCAUGAAGCUCUUUCCCCAUCUGGAGAUUCAAUGAACCAUUCCCCAGGCUUUUCUGCAACACACUUUAAGGGGAAAUCUGCAUUACAGAAGAGGUGUGGCUUCCUCAAGUCCUCUGCUUCAAGGAAACCUUCUUGAGAAAAGCACAGUUGGGUGUGUCCGCUGGCAGAUGGCUUGCAGGGAAGAAAGUGGGAAUGAGGAAAGUAAUAUUGUAUUUUAUUUUCUACUCUGCUGUUGCAGCUGCUAAGAGAGAGAAAUUUGGCCAUGUCAAAGAAAAAGGCAGUAGAUAUGCAAGGAUCCUCCUCUUGUUCAUUUUCUUUUUCAUUAUUUCUGCUGUUUCUGUUCCUGUCAAUUCACUAGGAAACAACCUGAGAUCAUAAAUGCUAAAAUAUAUUUUCUCUUCUUUAUCUCGUGUGUUGUAACUUUUUAUUAUAUAUUUUUCUCCCCGUGUAUCAAAUCCGGCUUCAGACUUUGCUCCAUAUUCUCCUUCCAUUAUCACAGAACUUUCCCAUCAG